UCCAUAGAGACAGUGAAGGAAGCGCUCGGGCUUUCUUUCUCAGGCUGAGGAACUGGAGGCUCGGAAGGUCUUACAGCCCGCUGUUAAAAGUCCACCAUGGCGCCUAGCUCGCAGGCAGACGAUGUUGUUUCUGGUGUUCGUAAAGGGAUUCGUGCUAUCCUGCUGGGGCCUCCCGGCGCUGGGAAAGGGACUCAGGCUCCCAAGCUGGCAGAGAAGUUCUGUGUGUGUCAUUUGGCCACUGGGGACAUGCUGAGAGCGAUGGUGGCCUCCGGCAAUGAAUUAGGCAAAAGAUUAAAAGAGACAAUGGAUGCCGGCAAACUGGUAGGUGAUGAUAUGGUUGUUGAGCUCAUCGAGAAGAACCUAGACACGCCUGCCUGCAAAGAAGGGUUCCUGUUGGAUGGGUUUCCACGAACAGUCAAACAAGCAGAAAUGUUGGAUGAUCUGCUUGAGAAACGCGCAGAGAAGCUGGACUCUGUAAUCGAGUUCUCUGUAGAUGACAAUCUCCUGGUGCGCAGGAUCUGUGGCAGACUUGUUCAUCAGCCCAGUGGUCGCUCGUAUCAUGAGGAGUUUAAUCCACCCAAGGAACCCAUGAAGGAUGAUGUGACUGGGGAGCCUCUGAUUCGUCGUAGUGAUGAUAAUGAGAAGACACUGCACUCGAGGCUGGAGGCCUAUCAUAAACAGACAGUCCCCCUGGUGCAGUACUAUAGUGCACGUGGCAUACACCAUGCCAUUGAUGCUGCUCAGACCCCCGACAUCGUCUUUGCCUCCAUCCUUGCUGCCUUUUCAGCUGCCACCUGUAAAGACCUUGUGUUAUUCAUUUAAAUGUUUUCUCCAUCCCUCUUUUUCCUGUCUCUCUAUCUUUUUCAUGAAAAGGUUCGAAGGAAAAUGCUGCACUUGUGAGAGUUUGCCAGCUUAAUGUUUUCUGGAAACAUGUUGUUACCACUGUGCCCAUGGAAACAUAACAGCGCUAACAAAAGUUCUUUUCUUACAUUACACACCGAGGCAGUUGUAUUUUUUAAUUGUGCAUUAUUAAGUGCCUAAUGGUGGCGUAUGUUCAUGUGUAUAUAUUGUCAUUCAAAUAGGCUCCAGUUUUAGAGGCUUUGUAUAUUUGUGCCCAAACAACCAGUAGCAGGUCUAGAUGAAACGCAAGAGUAAAAAUAAAAAGAAAAGAUAGUGA